AUGGCUGACCUGGGUUUCCCGGACGAGCCAAGUUCCGGUCACGUUGAGGUCGAUCGUCAGGCUACUGAAAAUGACUCUGUAUAUGGAGACGAACUGUCGAAUUAUACGACCUCUUUGACUUCUUCUGUAUACAACUAUCGGAGGGAAAACGGGAGGACAUAUCAUGGUUACCAAGACGGCGAAUACCUCUUUCCCAAUGACGAAGAUGAAUCUGAUCGACUUGAUAUUGUUCACGAAAUGACACUGACGAUGAUGGGCCGACGCUUGUACUUAGCUCCCAUUGGCAGUUCACCACGACGGGUGGUUGACCUUGGUACAGGAACCGGAAUAUGGCCAAUCGAGUUUGGAGAUCAACAUCCAUCUGCCGAAGUCCUCGGUGUAGAUUUGAGUCCUACGCAGCCCUCAUUAGUCCCACCCAACGUGAGAUUUCUCGUCGACGAUAUUGAAAAACCAUGGCUCUACAGCCAAGCGUUCGAUUUUGUUCACGUGAGGGGCCUUGCCUGUUGUGUCAAGGACUACGCGAACCUCAUCCGGCAGGCUUAUGACAAUACUGCCCCGGGGCAAUGGGUUGAAUUUCAAGACUGGGACACCAAUUUAGUUUCUGAGGAUGGUUCCACGAACAAUACCUUCCUUGAACAAUACUACAACGUCGUCUUAGGCUCCUUUCAGAAGGCAGGCUACGUUAAUAGACCCGGAUUACAUCUGGAGCAGUGGCUCCGCGACACCGGGUUUGAAAACGUACAUGUCAGAAAAUACCCAGUUCCAUUAGGAACCUGGCCUAAAGAUAAACACCUUAAAAAGGUCGGCGCAUGGAAUUUUUUGCAAGCAGAGUCCGGCUUCGAGUCGGCUGCUAUGGCAGUCUUGACCCGUAAUGAGGGGUGGUCGAGAGAUGAGGUGACUGUGCUUGUGGCCAAAGCCCGACAAGAUGUCAAAAAUCGCGAGAUCCACUCCUUAUUCUACUUCUAUGUUGCCUACGGCCAAAAACCAGGCAAGUCAUCAUCAGUGGAUACCUCACAUUAG